AACCUUGCGUGUGCCACAUUGGCGUUCAGCUGCACAUGAAGGUCGAUGCUCCUUCUUCUGGAGGUCUGAUGCUUUCUGUUCUGAACUCACUGGGCGGAUUCUAGUUUUAUCGUUUCAAACAGCACUUUCAGCUCCAUGAUCAGAUAAAUGAUCUCCUGUAGCUGCACUGACGUUACGUCUGCAAACAGCUAAAACUGCAGCAGAGAAUUCCUUUUUUUUAAAAACCACGAAGACUCCUCUCUGGAACUUCGUCAAGCUGUCACACGAAAAAAGUUUUCAACCAUUUCUCUCCGCAGGUACCGACGGUUUAAUGGCCAGGAGAGCUCCGCGUCCGCUGGACGGAACAUGUUUAGUGAGGUGCAUCAAACGCCCACGUGUGCCCCCGCCACGUUGAGAUUAUUCAUCAGGUUCUGUUUUUAGACGCAGACAGAUUCGGGAGGGGUGAGGCGCGGAAGAUGGACAGAGGGAGGGACUGCAUCGCCAUAGAAACCGCCCCGUCUGCUCGGAGAAGCGGCAGAAGGAGGUGACCGCUGAAGUGGUGGGAUUGAUCGGGUCUCGCAGCUGUUGGAUCGGAUCCCGCCUGCUUGUUGGGGGGGCGGCAGAUGGACGGAGAACCACAUGGACGGAAAGGCGCGGCUGGAACAGGUUACAAUUCAUUCAGGAACAAGAACCUCGCUAUCCAAGACACCAUUGGGAUGCAAGAAUGAAAGAGAAAAACUAUACUGGCUUUCCUAGGAUAUGAACGACAGCUGAAUUCCCACCCUCAAAUAAGAACAACUUUGUACCACAAAAUGUCAUCCAGAGGUGGAGAUUCCACAAACAUUAGUGCGGCCGUAAUUCAAGAUGUCCUCAGUUCUCCCUAUUCUACUUACUCCUCCACCCAUUCAACCUCAUCUUGCAGCAUUGAUGAGUCCUACAAAUACAUUUUCCUCCCUAUUUGUUACUCUUUCACAUUCAUCUUCAGUAUCACACUCAACUCUGUUGUCCUCUAUCGCUCCUUCCGGACCAAGCGCUGGAACACCUCUUUGAUAUACAUGGUCAACCUGGCCUCUACGGACUUCAUGUACGGUUUAUCUCUGCCAUUCCUCAUAGCCAGUUAUAUCAUGCAAGACCGUUGGAUUUUUGGGGACUUCAUGUGCCGCCUGGUCCGCUUUCUCUUCUACUUCAACCUCUACUGCUCCAUCUUCUUCCUCACUUGCAUCUCUGUGCACAGAUACCUGGGGAUUUGCCACCCAAUGAAAGUGAUCUCCCUGGAGACCAAGAAAACUGUCAAGUACACUUGUGUCCUGGUUUGGAUUGUGGUAUUUGCUCUGACCUGUCCAAUCUUCCGGUUUGCUCAGACUGGUUGUGUGACAAGGUUAGCAGGACUUGGAAGCAACACAAGUGCAAGUGCUAACAAAUCAAACUCUAACAUAUCAUUGGUGAAUAGUAAUACAAGCUGUGAUACCUUAAGUGUAGUCAUUGAGCAAUACCAGAACUGUUGGGAUGAUGCCAUAGAUAAGGAGUUUCCAGUGUAUGUACCCUAUGGAAUUAUCCUGCAUUUGCUUGGCUUCUUUGUACCUUUUUCCAUAAUUGCAUGGUGCUACUCACAUGUGGUUCUGACUAUAUUUAGAACUCUCCAUUCUCGACCCUCAUCACGUCGAGGUCCAAGAGCUGGAGCCCAAGAAGACGUGGAAAGACGGGGUAGAAUGAGCUCUGCAAAAGUUGGACAUCGAAGUAAUGGGUUAUUGAGGGCCGUAGGAAGGGAGGAUGGGUUUUCUGUUUUUCUUGGUGCUCAUUCUCCUUAUGCCAAUCGCAGGCGGAAAUCUAUCAGGACCAUCAUUGCCAUCACCCUGCUCUUUGCUCUGUGUUUUUUCCCCUUCCAUGUCACAAGAACCAUCGUUCUACUUCUAAAAGUAUCUAGGAGGGUCCCAUGCCACACAAUGACAACGGUGUCAAUCUGCUACAAGAUCACAAGGCCUUUGGCUUCAUUUAAUGCCUGGCUCAAUGCUCUGCUUUAUUUUCUGACCAAAGACAAGAUGGGAAAUCACUGCUGCCAAGCGGCAAACACCACAAGUCAACAACGGGAGGGACUGCUUCUGCCUCUAAGAAUCAUGGACAGAGCAGAGGCUCUGGAAGAAGAAAGAGCAAAGAACCAGAGGAACAAGGAGCAGAAUAAACCAUGUCACAGUCCAAUAUACACAAACACAGCCAAAAUCAAAUAUGUGGUGGAGAACAGAUAGAGAUAGAAUUAUCAGUCACAAACUGACAUUAGAACAGAAAGCUUGUCUGCAAAAUACCUUCAUGAUGAAACUCUGUUAACUCUUCAUACAGCAAGUUUGUUUUCAUAAAUUCUGAAUAACAUCUGAAAGAGCUUUUGUGUUUUUGUGUCGAUAAGGUGUACCAGUUUAGUUAACUGUUGUCCAUUUAUUUGUAUGUUGCCUUCCCCUCCACUCAAAGUCCUGUAUACCUGAUUCAGAAAUUUCCUUUCUGACAUUUAGCAUUUUAUGAAAAUGUGUAAAAAUUUUAAGGCGUGUAUAAAAUGCAGAACUAAUGUGUUUCAAAGUGUCAUUUUGAUUCCUGAAACUUUCAUGUCAACAUGGUUACAAGGCAAACAAAUAGGCCCCGUAUUUAUUUGAAAAUCACACAAAUACAACAAAAGUUGUUUUUGAAAAUAAAGCUUAGUUUUAAAACUCUGAAAGCUCAAAAGCAUCACCUGGAAGAACAAUGAAGACACAGGAUUUACUCGAGAGCCUUCUUGAGAGUCUGAAGUGAGAAAGGUUUUUCUUAUGCAGGGUAGCAAGAGUUCAUUUAUAUCUCCUCAGCCCCAAUGUUGAAGUUCUUUCAAUCCAUUCAUUUGAUAUUUGUCAAACCUUUGAGGUCUGGACAUGGUAAAUGGCGUAUACUUAUAUAGCGCUUUUUGCUCAAGGCCCAAGGUGCUAUACAGUCACAGUCCCAUGCACACACACAUAUUCACACACUGAUGGUGGUUCUGCUGCUGAGUUUUGGCGCCAACCUAUAACCACCAACAGCAAUGUGGGGUUCAGUGUCCUGCCAAACGACACUUUGGCACAUGGGCGGGCAGGGUGGGAAUCGAGCCUGAAAUCUUCCAAUCGGUGGGUGGCUGCCAAUGAUCCCCACACACACACACACACUCAAAACAACAAACUAGUGUAUUGUGUUGGUAAAUGCAGAGUGCAAAUAAAAAUUGGGUGAGGGCACUGGUCUUCCCAAUCAGACCUGA